UCAAUAGGUAACUGUCGUACACUGAAGUUUGGCAGUGCAAUAAGAGACAAAGCCCUUGUUGGUCACCUAGUUAAAAGUUACGAAGUAAAUUCUAGAGAUGAUUGCGAGUUGCAAUGCUAUAUGGAGAGUACGUGCAUGUCAAUCAAUUUUGGACUUGGUGCAAAUGGAAAAUAUUUGUGUGAACUAAGUAGCUCAGAUCACGAAUUGCAUCCUCAAGAUUUGAAACAUAGAUCUGGCUUCAUCUAUGGGCCAACUCUGGUAAGAUAUAACGACAUAUAUAAAUAGAAGUGAAUAAAUGUUUUUUUUGUUUUUGUGUGUCCAAGCUUUUUUGAUGGUGUGGGUGGUAAAUCAGGAGUUGUGCUGACGGUAGUGGCCGGGAUGAGUGGUCAUACAUAAUCUUUUUUAAAAGGUCUUUGAGAAGUUAAAUCUUCUGGACUUACCCGCAGCCUUAAAAAGAAAAUCCUUGGUUCAUUCGUUUCGUGUUUUGGGGGCAGUCACUCCCUCAGUUCAGUGUUCUGUGGUAUGGCAAUAAGGCAUCUCUGUUUCUGUCAAUAUUACCUCAGAGACGAUUUAUUCGCGAGAAGAAUAGUUUAACCGGUUAGGUAUAAAAAUUAUCGGAGUAUGUAACACUGUACGUCACUGUAGUUGCAGAAAGACUAAGAAACUGUACGUUAUACUACUCUACCUUGAGUGAAACACUGCCGUUAAAAGCUUUCAGAGUUGACGGCUAUUUUUCAUAACCCAGUGACAAUGAUUCGCCGAUAACGUUAAAAUUCGUAAAUCUGCACAGUGGGUUUUUGAUCAUUUGAGCAUAUUAUUAGGUGAAUGGGCUUUAUCGUUACAUCUGUACUGUGAAUUUAUUUUCUUUAAAAAUGCAGAACUUCUGUGUUAACAGUCAGUGCUCUUCGAAUAGCCGCUGCCAAACAGGAUUUACUGACCGUGGAUACAGAUGCGUGUGUUCUGCUGGAUAUACAGGGGAAUAUUGUACAGAAGGUUAUACACUAGAUAUUUUUACUAUGUUAGUAAUCGCGUUUUUCACAGAGAAAUUAAACUGAUCUCUAUGAAUUUUGGCCCCCAUAAUGAAAAAUGGUGGAAAUCUUCGGCGAUUUUCUUGUAGGUUUGAAAACGUUGAAGAUACCAGCGUAAAAACUCAUUUUUGCUAAAAAAAAAAUGUAAAUAACUUUGAAACCCUACGACAGAUGUUAUGUAUGCGGUAAUGGCUGACUUCAAACUUGCAUACGAAACUAGAGAACUCUGAGGCUUAUUUCCUGAAGUUAGAGGGAAACAUUUGUCCAAGGAUUUCAGAGGUAUUUACAUUUUUUGUCGAAAUGCGGUUUUUAAUAUAAUCUUAAUAUAGAGAAUUCAUUUAUCCUAAAACCACUCUUACAACUGUAAUAUAAUGUUACUAUAUCAGAACUAAGAUCACUGAAAUUGCUAUGAAUACGUGGAGAUAUUCCUGAUGGACUUCGCAAAGUUGAAUAGAUUUUCUUUCCAGAUCGGGUAACGAACAACACGCUAUUUUAAACAAUAGGUUCGGCCCACCUUGAGCAAUAACUCCCAUCCUGCCAAAUGACCUCACAACGAAUGAUUUAGUAGAUUAAAUCUUGGUUAGCUGCAAAGCAGCUUUUACAACAUGAAAACUCCAUACAAAUGCACAAGAAUUUGUUACUAAAUAAAUAAAAAAUCCUUAUCAAGUGUCAAACAUUUUUGUGCCCUCUCUAGUUUAAUUAUAGAUUGCACUAAAAAGUGUCGGACAUUUCAUGCUUUAAAAUAAUUUGUACCCCUAAAUGUUAAAUAUCCUGAAUUUUCGCUAAAAUAUGCUCUUACUGGCUACAAAAGGCCUCAGGAAAUGUUACAAAUAAAUAACAUUUACUCUCACGCAAAUUUCGGUUUUAGGGGUUCUGGGAAAAGUCUCGACAAACCCUGGUAAUUCAUGCAAAGAUAUCAUGGAGAGGGGAGCUGCUACAGGUGAUGGGGAGUACUGGAUCGACCCUCAGAAAAAUGGAGACCCUUUAAAAGUCUACUGUGACAUGACAACUGAUGGAGGUAAACAAAUUAUAAAUGCGCUCUAUUUCCUGACUCCAUGCAGUUUGCAGUACUCACAAAAAGUAAAGGCUUUGAAAAGCCUACACUACAUAAAUACAAUGUCAAACCCAGAAAGCUCAAGAACGUUUGAUGGUAUGUGAGCAAAGUAACAAAGUUAACCUAUUACCUAGAUAAGAAAGAAAGAAUGAGUGAAUAAAGGCGUGGCGCCAAAGGGAUGGCCUAUUUAGGCCGCCCUCUGAAAGGACGACUUAAGACACAUAACAUAGAUAAAUACCAUGAAUUUUAAAUCACAAAAUGUCUUGUAACGCGAUACCGACUCGCUCGCGUCAACAGUUACAUUCCACCCUCGUAACGUGAGCUUGGGACGCCUGUGGUGAAGUGGGCUUUCUUUGACAUUAAGCAGUUACUUCUCUGUUCUCCCGAGACUAUUAUCAGUUUUUGGGUAAUAAAAUUUGCCCAUACAUAAUUUCUAACCUCAUGAGCAACACGUCGUUUUUACUUUUUUUCUUGCUGUAGGAGGUUGGCUUCUUGUGGUUAACAUCGUAGCUGAUGGCGUGCUUGGCGACAAUGAUUCCUGGACCGCUGAAACAUCAUACCGCGGGAUCAGUAAUUACCACAAUCAAAGAAUGGCCAUAACUGGAGAUGCUAUGAAGGGACUAAGAGCACACUUGAAAUUCACCCAACUGAGAUUCCACUGCAGCAAAAAACAAGGAAAUACUUUCCACGUCAUCACCGCCCCUAACAGCACCCGUGGAGAAGCUGUCGUCCGCUUUUUCAGUGCUGAAACAGAUAUCCAACCAUUUUCUUGCAAUUCGUUUAAAAGGAUGAGCGAUGAUAAUUCUAAACUGGCCGUGAAAUGUGAAAAGUGGGGAAGAAGUGACGGAAGCUCCUUCGUCGGAAAGUGGAGUGGCUUUAAAUCACCGAUUACGAGAAGAAUGCACAGCUACGUGGCGUUCUUUUACCGAAGCCGAUAUGUCGGGGCUAAAGUGAAUGGACAUAUACAUUGCGAUGACUAUGUAGAUGGUACAUUCUAUGAAAUGUCCGCAGGAGAUUUCUUCAAAAUCUAUGUUCGCUGA